UAGAGGCAAACCCUUGUUGAAGGUUGUCAUCCUUAGAAGGGCAUGUUAGGUCAGGCUGUAAAGUGGUUUUCAAAAUUGUUUACCAUUGCUUAUCUUGCAACAAGUUUACUGUUAUAAUAUGAAAUAAUUGAAAUAAUUCAUUAAUUUCUCCUACAGUUUGUUUACUUGCUAAGAAAAUGGUCGUCUCCAACUUAAAAUCAGCCGCUAUUCAGGUGGCAGUUUGCAUGCUGGCGAAUUGGGGUAUGGUGACCUCUGGUUUAGUUCUGGGAUUUCCUUCUGUGCUAAUGCCUCCUCUCCUGGGAUCAGGACCGGGUCUUCACACCUCCGUUCACCACUCUUCCUGGAUAGCGGGGGUGGCCUAUCUAACAGCAUCAGCGAUGUGUUUACCAGGAGGAUAUCUGACUGACUGGAUCGGACGCCGCUGGGGCCUGCUCCUGUUGAAUCUCUCCUUUGCUGUAGGCUGGCUUCUGAUCGCACUGUUCCCUCUCUCUCUAAUCGCCCUGUAUAUCGGCCGCGGUAUAUCAGGCAUGGGUCUUGGACUGGCUACUUCUGUUGGAGCCACCUAUACAGCUGAGAUAGCCUCGGACUCUCUCCGAAGCAUGCUCGUCAUGUUCAUUCCUGUCAUGUUAUCCUUCGGGCUAUUCCUUGUCUACCUUUGGGCGUUUCUCUAUCAGCACUCGUGGACAGAGGUGUCUUAUUUCGCAUUUGGCCUCUCCAUGAUCUCAGUUUUGCUGGGAAUGCUGCUCCCAGAGAGUCCGCUGUGGCUGCUGAACAGAGGUCGUGCCGAAGAAGCGCUGCAAGCUCUGCAGAGGUUACGAGGAGCUUCAAGCCCUGAGCAGGUCAGUAAGGAGCUGGACAGCUUCAGCAGCAAGGUGAAGGACAAGAGGCAAACAGUUUCUUGGUUCUCAACCUUCAACCAUCUAAAGCGGCCUCAGGCCUACAAGCCACUCCUCAUAAUGAAUGUCUUCUACCUCUUCAUUCACUGCUCUGGAGUGUCAGUUGUUGUAAUGUUUGCUGUGGAUUUUGCCCGACAUGCCGGUAUAAAAGCAGUGGCAUAUCAUGUAGCUCUGGCUAUUGCGUUAACACGAAUAUUUGCCACUUUCCUGACUACUUGGGCCUGCAAUAGGUAUGGGAGGAGGAAACCAGCUAUUGUAUCUGGAGUUAUAAUGUCAGUUUCCCUUGCCAUUCUCUCUCUGUCCAUCUCAGAAUUCCUUAUAAUGGACCCCUGGCUUGUCUGCAUCCUCUUGGUGGUCUACAUACUCUCCAGCUCUCUUGGUUUCUCCUCAUUGCCUAUGUCUAUGUUGGGAGAACUGUUUCCAACAGAUGUACGAGGGUUGGCAAGUGGUCUGACGACUAGUGUGAUCUUCCUGGGAUCAUUCUCCUCAGUGAAACUCUACCCAAUCAUGGUCAUGACUCUGGGAUCGUUUCCUGUCUUCACGUUUUUUACCAUAUCUGGACUGUUUGGAACAAUCUUUAUUUACCUUUUCCUACCCGAAACCCAUGGGAAAACAUUGGAGGAAAUCGAACAGUAUUUUAUAGGUACAAAAGAAUCUUCUACCAACCUGUGAGCAUUGUUUGAAGAUGUAUAGUGAUGGUGGAUUAUCAGAGUAUAAUGAAUUCAAGAAAAGUUGAGAAGAUUAAAGCCAUUAAAUUAAAGACUGAGUCCUGCUUCUUUUCUUCUCACUUCAUAAUGUACUCUGGAAUAAAAUACUCUAUUUUAAAUAU